GCAGACCCCCGUUGACUCAUUCUGUACUGCAAAUCUCGUCCUUGCCGGCUUGGCUCACUUUGUGCUUCACGAGGGUUGGCCUAGAACUUGAAGAAAAAUGUUUGCCAAGCCAAGACAGCUAUCGAGGCAAACAUUUGACAGGCGUUUAGCGGCGCUGAACCGCCCCGAGCCUAGUUUUAUCUCGGUGGUGGGCUAGUUCCUUCGGUGACAACUGGCGGAAAUUGUCGCCAGAAGUGAUUUCCGUGCUCAGCAGUUGUGCCAAGGAUCGCGUACGAGCUAGUCAGCGGGCGCAUGGUAUUACGCUCAGCCAUCCGUGUUUGGAGGAAUGUCCGAGCAGCGAGUAAACAGACGACAGUUGCAUAUUCUGCAUCAUUCUAGUCCCGAUGCGAUACCCUCAUGCACAUCCAGUCAGACAUGGUUGCCACAUGCGAGUAGUCACGGAUGCCACGUCGCAAGCCAGGCAAGUGACAUUUCAGUCGUCGAAGAGCCGAAAGGAAGUUCAGGAAAAACGAGAGCAGGCAGCUGGCGGUUGUCCGAGGUGCCUUUGCGUUAUUCAACUAGCUGCUUACGAGCAGAGUUGUCUGGUUGUUUCUGCGGAGCGGAUCGGGAAGCGAGUGUGGCGCGGAGCAUUCUAUUGGAACAGCAGAAUAGCAAGAGAUCAUCCAUCGCACGGGCUUUAGUCUGUCGUCAUCACUCAGGCUGACUACAAGCGAAGCAUGCACGCCAACCAUCACGCCAUCCAUGCUGCGUUCGCCCUGCUGACCCUUGCUUUGCAUCACGGAGUUCAGGGGCAGUCUCUGGGAGCACCCACAGUCGAAUCGGCCAGCCUGGGCAUUCUCGUCGAGGGCAGGAGCAGCGUAAACGCGAGCAUCAACUGCCACACAACCGUUACGGGGAGCAGCGAUGAGUUUGUCCUGCAAUGGUUCCGUAACAACGAAUCCGUGACGGCACAACAGGAAGAAUUUUCACCAACAGGUGCUGCAGUACGUUUCUUUUCGAACAACCUGAAUUUGAACGACGGCGAUGGUGUCUGGUUGGAAAACGACUCGGCCACGUACACGUGUAUUUUGAUGGACAAGACCGCUGAUCUGAAAUCGGCGCCCACCGUGUUUCGCUUAGUCGUCAAUGUACCGGCAGAGGUUUUGAACAUCUCUGCAACAAGUGCAAUCCUAGGCCAGGACCUCAUACUGACCUGCAACACACGUGGUACUUCGCCAUUGAACUACACGUGGACUCUGCCGAACGGUACUCUGUACCAUCGGCAAACCCUGACGGUGGCUAGCGUGCAGAGCACGGACGGCGGACGCUACUCGUGCAAAGUUCAGAAUGGCUUCGGCUUGCAAAUAGAGCCCAUUGACAUCCCAGUGCUGGAGAGGCCAAACCUGGGUGACAGUUACGCCCCGCAAGUCAUCGGCAACCAACAACGACAGCUCAAAGUCACGUGGAACACCUCUGUAUUCUCUACGGGCAACACACCGAUCACACGCUAUUUUGUCAGGUGCACAUCGACCUUGACUCCAGGUAAGGUCUAUCCUCCGGAUCGCAACCCCCUUCCACCGAGCCAGUCUGCAGAGGUGAUAAAGGAUUUACAUCCAGGUCGCCAAUACUCAUGCGUACUGACAGUGGCGAACAAGGUGGGAGCCACCGACAGCCAACCGGGACGGGCAACUGUCAUAGAAGAACCCCCUGGUCAAGCACCAGUCCUUACAUCUGUCACUUCCCUGUCCUCAACUUCUAUUCAGCUGAAGUGGAAGCAGAUCCCGACUGACCAGCUCAAUGGCAGACUGCUGGGCUUCAUCAUCUCAGCACAGGCGCUCGAGUGCCUCGCAGCACGAGGUUCUUGCCCGUGCACGCGCACCGAGUGCGGGCUCAGCCAAAACAUAUCCAUCUCGGCCGCUGGGAUGCCCGUGAGUCGUACACUUGUGGGCCUUCGUCGCUUCACGAUGUUCAGCGUUACCAUGGCGGCGUACAACGGGGCUGGCACCGGCGACUACUCCAGCCCGUCGACAGUUUGGACCAAUCCAGACACUCCGGGAGCACCAGAGAACUUGACCGUGGAAGCCGAGAGAGGCACAAGCAGUAUGCUGGUUCGAUUUGCGCCUCCAUCCGAACCCAACGGCAUCGUCACCGGUUUCUCAUUGACGUACCUAGGAGAAGCUCAGACUAGCGAAUCGCAGCCCAUCAUCAUCACGGCGGAUGGCAAGAGGACUCUGGAGGCACGCAUCCCCAGGCUGCCGCGCAAAGUGUCCUAUGAAUUCUAUGUACGUGCCGUCAACUCUGUCGGCGCGGGGCAGCCGGCCUCUAAGGAAGCAACCGUACCAGCGUAUCCCGUCAUCACCCACCUAUCUGGGUCUACGGUGGUACCAGAAUACGCUGCAGAAGUAACGUUACGUUGCAGUGCAGAUGGCGAUCCACCACCCAGCAUCCGGUGGACGAGACAAGGUAACAAGACGGAGAGGCAAGCACGUCCAGACGGCAGCCUAGUACUCAGUGUCGUGCAGAGCAGUGACGCUGGUACCUACGUGUGCACGGCUACAAACAUAUGGGGCACAGACAGCAAUAGCACCGCAUUGUCAGUGUUUAGUAAAUCCAGCUCAAUCAUCAGUGGCUUCAAGGACAGCUAUCUGUACAUCUGUAUAGCGGCCGCAGUACUAAUACUACUGCUUCUGGUGCUCGUCUUCUUGCUGCGACACCGCUGUCACAGCAGCGGCAAGUUAGCAGUGAAGGCUAGAAGACCCACGGCAGGACAGCAUGGCGGCAAUGAUGAGUUUGGAGUACCAGGCCUGUCCCUCUACAAUGUUGACAAUCGCUAUUCUGGUGCAUUCUCCUCAAGCCACCUCAACCAAACGGCCACCUUCCAGCGGAACCAGGAGAGCCGCUAUCAAACUCAGGAGGUACAGCAGCACCGCGGCUCCAUCAUCUCCAACGAGUACGCGAUGCCUGGCUCGCACGCAGAUCCCCCAGAGGCGUCAUCGCUACCGGCAGGAUCUCCGAGCAGCUUCUACCCGGGCGGCAAGAGACAAGCCACGCAGCCUAUGCACGUCAACUAUACAGAGAGUGGCCGCCCGCUGGGUGCGUAUCCGCCAGUCGACGAGCAAGCAGAGCACAUUGCAGUCAAUCCUGUGACUCAACAAGUCAACACUGACUUCCAGACACAGAACAUGAUGAGCAGCCGCGAGGAGCUGUUGGUCACUGAGCAAUUGCCGAUGUACACAGCUAGGCUUGGUGACCACAUACUCACUGCAAUGUAGACACUUCUAGGGUAACAGUCUGAGGUGUUGGUCACCCCAGGAGGACAGUACAUACGGCAGCAGACAGGCAUUAGCUCUGUGAGGGGAUAGCACUGUGUGUCAUGGAUGGGCAUGUGUGUGUGUGUGUGUGUGCGUGUGUGUGUGUGCGCGCGUGCGUGCGUGCGUGUGUAUGCGUGUGUGUGUCAGUGCUAGUGUAGGCGUGUGUGCAUGCGUGCCCGUGUGUGUGGUGGGGGCUCUUCAUGUAUUCAAUUUGAAGGAGAAGGUGUAAUGUAUACACGGCUAGAACAUUUGUAUCGCCUUUUUAUUGCCGCAUCCCUUUUCAAACGGUGUACUGUAGUCUAGGUAUGCUGAAAUGCCCAGUACAGUGUAUUGUGGUCAGAUGUGCACUGCUGCAGUGUAUCUAUUGAUACUGGAUUCAUAUCAUAAUGUCCUCAUUACAACUGAACAAGCAGAGGAAGAUGAGGACUGUGUCAUAACACCGAGUUUCGCGCACAAGGCGAUCAUCGGACAACAAUCCUCUUCUUCUUCUUGUUGUAAGUAGCUCGGCACUUGGGCAUCGA